AUGUCAACAUUCGUAUAUACAAGUACAAUGUACACCUAUCAUUCUUCACGUAUUCAUGAGGCUGUAAUGCUUUCUUUGAUAUCAGUACUCAAUCGCUCAGAUUAUGCACAACUGUUACCCAACAGUCUUAUAUCGAAAUUCUUUGCCACCUACACAUCUGUAUCACAUUCUUUCUUUCGUCCUAAACCAUCUUUUGACACUUAUCCUUCAUUUACAGUCUGUGGAAGAAAUGCUCUUAUCCUCAUGUUUCGGUCUUGGCCAGGCAUUUUCCACUUUAUCCAUGAUGGUCUGUCAAGUUUGCAGACGCUUUUGUAUACUUUGGCCGUUGGUAGUACAGAAACAAGAAAUCAAAUAUUGGAUUUACUGUAUGGCUUAUUUCCAACAAUACCUAUACCACAUCCGUCUGUAAAAGAUUUGGAACCGACUGUACUCGGUCUUAUUGAGGCAUUGUCUACUGGUGCACCUUCUUUGCUACCUGUACUGAAUAUAACGAAUUCCGGAGGAAAAACGAAUAAUUUGACCGCUGAUAUACGUUCAUCGGUAUCAUCAAGUGCAUGGGAUAUUGAAGGCGGCUUCAUUCCUGCUGAAGGCUGUCGUCUGUUUACUAAAUAUGCCCUAGUUGGAUUCGAUUUGAUGAACAAUUAUAAUGCUCUUUUACUGGCUACACUGAUUCAAGCCGGAUUAUAUGAAGCUCUUGUCCGAGCGAUUUCUGAUUCAAAUCAAGUAACAUCUACUCGUGCUGGUUAUCUUCUUGGUUCAUUGGCUCACAAGGUUGGAAGUUUGUUAUCUCAAGAACACCCAAUUUGUAAGCGCUUACAUCAAGCUGGCUUGCUAUGUCCAGAAACUUCAGGCAGUCAAUUAGCUGUACUCUGGUUGGAGCGCAUACAUCGUGUUAUGAAAUUGCACGAAACUCAUCUUCGUGAUCCAUCGAGUCUGAUUCGUGUACCGUUGCAUUCUCCAUUCCUUGAAUGCUUAGCCAAACAGUCAGUUGAUUUUUCCUCUUCAACUCAGCAUCCAGUGGUGACAGAUCAAAUAGAACUUACGGAUGCUACUCUGGACCAGUUAAUAGCUUUAUCAAACGUACUGUCAUUCAAAUCCAAGUCUCAACACGGUCGGUUCAGUCAGUGUCAGUUGACUACUUGUAAUACUAAGCCACCAGAUGUUUGGAAUUGGGAUGUUCUUACUGCUCUGGGUCGCUAUCUAUCUGUAACACGGGUUACUUUUUCUUGGGAAUCAAAAUUACGUAUGAAAUUUUUAAGAUCUCUAAUGGAGUUUUUUACACCGGAUCAGAUGUGUAGAACAGAUCCGAUUGAUCCUGCCGAUAAAUACACGCCAAUAUCUUCAACAGGACGUUCAUCUUCAAUCCCCAAUAAACCUAUUCUCCCUGAUGGACUGAUAUCAGUUGAUGGACUAUUGAAUGUGAUAAAUAGUAACCGUAACGUUGUACUACAAAAUUUAGACCCAAAAAAUUUGAAAGAUGUUGAUUCAUUUCUAUACAGUCAAGAGAAUAAGUCAUACAAUUAUAAUGCCAGUCGAAUAAAUUACCUGAUCAACUCAAAUGCAAAUUUCAAUUUAGCCUGGCUUUCACAUAAUUGGCCGCAUGCAUCAGCUGCUGGGAUUUUAAUCGCUGGAUUAAUAUCACAUUUAGCAUAUUAUUCUCCAACUAGUGAGCCGUCACAGUUUUUGGAUCGUUUUCUGACUGUGCUCCAUUUAUGCUUAAAGUUUGCUCUCAGUAAAAUUUCCAAUGAAACACUCGUCAGUCAUGAUAAUUUAAAGAAUGGGAAAGGUAUUCAUGACAGUAACGUUGCAAAUCAAACGGGUAACAGUAAGAACAUCGACAGUGGCAAUAGUAAUGUGAUUGACGAUGUUAAUAAUGCAAAUUUGAUAUUACUAUUCAAUUCGAGCUAUUUACACAAAAGUUGUGGUAGCCUUAUUUUGUUAGCUGCAUCUCGACUGACUAAUUCACAAGUUGGUGAAUUACGUUUGGAAAAAGCGAUUUAUGCACUGAUUUCCAAAAAUCAUAUUUCUCAAAAACAUUUUUUCCACUGUAUUUUAGCCUUACGAAUUUAUACCAUUCGUUUGAUUCGAUUAUUGUUUCGCCUCAAACUACCGUUUUUAGCCAGUUGGUGUGUUGAUUUGGUUGUAAAGUUGUGCAUGGAUUCUUCGAGUAAAGUUCGUCAACUUGCAUUGUGUUUAUUAGAGGAGUUGUGUUGGGAUCCAGUUAAUGUACAAGCCUUAUCGCAAAAUAUUCUGCAAGGCCAAACUAAUGAUACUAACGUCGAUCAAAAGAAAAGCGUUCUAACACCAUUUGCAAUUCAUUUGUUGCAUUUGAAUACUGGUCCAAUAGGACAUAGAAUAUUUGCUAAAGUGCUUUCUGUGACAAAUGUAUUUGACAAAUUAUGCUUGAAUAAGUCAUCUUCAUUUCGUGGUUGUAGUUGUAAAACACUUGAACACAAUAAAAAUAAUACUAGCAAUUGUGCUCAUUCACGUACGGCUCAAGAUUUUGUAAACAAAUCUUGUGGUGAUAAAUCUGAUAAUAACAUAAAUGGUGUCACAUCUUCUGUCGAUAUCUGUGGUAAUGACGAUGAUGCGAAUGAUGUGAAUACUAUCCUUCAUGAUCCUAUUAACUGGAUGUUAGAUAUUGCUGUAAAGUAUUAUAAUUUAGCAUAUGCAAAAGAUAUGGAUACGCGUCUAACUUCAAUGUUUGUUACCUACGAAACGAGGCUACCUAAUCUGUCCUAUCAGUCAGGAAACUUUCCAUCCAUUGAUUUAUUGGGUUCAGUAAAAGCAGUUCACUCCAAUUCCAAUACCAAUGAUGAGAGUGAAAACGAUGAUGAUGAUGAAGACCUUGAAAGCAUUGGACGACCAAGCAAUGUAGAAUUUAGUUUUGAAGACAACUAUUUUGUUGAAGCAACUGAUGUACCAGGGACUUAUUUGCCUCCUCCAUUAAUAACAGAUAAAUCAUUAUUUCAGAUAUGUAAUGGUCAGGAUAGUUUUCAUUGUUUACCGCUUCCCAAACAUCCGUAUGCAUGCAUAGCUGAACAUCAUAAUGGACUUGAUCUUUUGGAUAAAAGAAUGGACCUAGAGAUUGCUGUGGCAAAUAUACGUUCAUUUGAAUCCCGAUUACAUACUACUCAGCAUAACACACUGGAUGAAACCGGUGUAGAGGCUUCUGGUACCUCUGCCCUUGACACAAAUCUAUUGAUAAAACUUAAGGCAGAUAUGUGGGCCUUAGCACACACCUGUUCAACAUCUUGUGGUCAGUCUUGGUUAUCAAAACAUCCAGAGUUAAUAAAACUACUCACAAAUCUCGCUUUUUGUUCCGAUACAAUGAGUGUUAGAGCAAUUGCAUGGAUUUGCUUAAAUUUGAUUGCGUCCUGCCCAAAUGGAUACCUUCGAAAUCACAACCAUUCAGAAGCGCCUGACCACAGCCAACUGUCAAAUCGUAAACAUUAUGAGUUAGAUGAAGCUACAACCAGCUGGCUGUUUAUCCCACAAAUAUAUGAUGAAGGUGAUGAUAAUAAUAAUUAUAGUAAAAUUUUAAAUACUACACAGUUGGCUUCGCAUAGGACAACAGAAUCGAGCUUACAAGUAUCUAACCAAAAAGUUGGCCGAAACGCGAAUAAAUCAACGGGAUUGUCUACUGAUAUUCCCGUUGUUAUUCCGCCUGCUCAGCCAGCUACAGAAAACAAAAUUGACAAACAUCCUGUGAAUGAACAAAAGUCUUUCAAAACGUCUGUUCGUAGUCAAGUAUUUGAGAAUUUGAGUCGUUCACGUCGAUGGUUACAUCGUCGUUGGUCACCUAGUCAUAGACGGUUUUCGCCACCAACUUGUGAAUUAGGACAACAUUCAUCAUUUUAUGUACCAACUAGUCAUCAACAUAAUCCAUCAGAUAUUAAAGAUAAUCAUUCAUCAACUUCAUCUUCACAAAUUUCUUCAUUUAACUGUGAUGUACAACGGGUUAACAUUUUAUCCUCUAAACAGCCCUAUUCAACAUGGACACAUCGUGAUUGUAUACUACAUCGUCAAGCUGUUCUAACUUCGAAUCAAACUAUCUAUUUGCCUAUAGAUAUACGUGUUCUUGGAUAUAAAAAGAAUAAUAAUACAACAAACUAUAGAUAUCCUAUCAAUGUUAAUAAAUUUACACAGUUAUUGUCAUUCGGUGAUCAAUCAACAACUCGUAGACAUUUUGAAGAUCCACAUUGUUCAUUAGCAUCAUGCAGUGGACAGAAUUUAUCAAAGAAUUACAAGUCUUUCAUUGAUGUAGCUGCUGAUGCCCAAAUGAUGUUAUCUGCAUUUUUUCAUCGUAAAUUCUCUGCUCUAUCCUCCAUACCAGAUGAAAUAUCAGUGGAUUCAUCGAAUCCUGAUGUUGGUGAAGUUUUAAUCAACAACAAUGGUAGUUCGGAUAAUGAAAAUCGAUUAUAUUCAUCUGAUAUACAAAUCACUGAUCAUUCGAACAAUGCAUCCUCACAUGAAGAAAGUCCAACAAGCAGAGAAUAUUCUCUUAAGUUGGAUGAAGGGAAGCAGAUUUCUGAAAAGCCUACCAUACCAUCUGGAGAUAACUACUUAGCGAAUAAGGAUCCUAAUACAAGUCUGUCAACGAAUCCUGUAGAAAAACUAGAUGCAAUUAAUAGUUGGUUUACUACUUCUGAAAUGAACGAGGUGAAUUUGCAAGAAAAUAAGAAUACACAUAAACCUCAUGUUGUUAAAUUGUUGUCUGACGAUUGUGUUGUUCCAAGCAAUAAUAACAUGGAUGAUGCAAAACAUACUGGCAUUAAAAAGCUGCAGCUACACCCUUCAGUAUGUCAUAAACACAAAGCUACAAACCAUAAUGAAGAUGAUAAAUCAGCUGAAAUCUCGUCAAAUUCUGUAUAUACGAAUAAAUGUCUUUCCCUGUCGUGUUCAUCAUCCAUUCAGAAUAAUAAUGGACCGUUGACUGAUCAAGAGUUAUGGUACAAUGAAUUAUCAGACUCGAUAUGCAGUUUACUUCCUAAUGUAAUUUCAUCUCCCUACGAUAGUACGUUGGAUCGUCUUUUAAAAAAAGCUAUAAUCACUCAACAAAAUUCAAAAGACUCUGUCCAACUUUUCAGUGCUUGCACAUAUACACUGAUUGCUGAUUUGCUUGGAUCAUAUACAUUUUCACGUCAAGCUCGAACUAAAAUUCAAUCCUUCUUCCUUUAUUUUCGACUUGAUGAACUUAUGGAGGAUGCGAAGAAUUCCUUGAUUCAACUAGAGAAGCAUUUAACAGCACAUUUCGGAUCUAUUACUUAA